GAACAUUCCAUCUGAGAUACCAAGAUGGCGAACAGAAUGCGGUUAAUUUGAACAGGAGUAACUACUUUUUUAAAGUUCUUCAUAAUAUAAAAGAGUCCUCGCAAUUUUUCAUAUAUUAUGGACUUCUUUGCAAAAGAAGAGGAUGAUGUGCUGAUGUGUUCAUCGACAAAUUUUCGUCGGAUUGAAGUUAAAAAACUGAGAUCAACGGCUGACGAAAUAAUAUUGUUUUCUCAUAAAGAAUUCUUAUGGAGAAAUGGUAUCAGCUUCUUGUGGUUCAUAUGUCUUCUACCUGCAAUCUGUAUUUUGUAUUUGACUCUGGUUUUGUUUAGUCUGCAACAUCCUCUCACUUGGAUCACAGAUGUUUUGUUGAGGAUAUUUUCAUUUUGGGAUAUUUUUGUUUUUGUUGUCAUCUUUGGCAUUGCUGUUACUCCUGUGAUCUUGCUUAAUAUAAAAAUAUGCUCUGUUGAAAUAAAAACGGGUAUAACCAGGCUCUCUGUGAUCAAAUCAUUCUUCACUGUUAAACAUUUAUCUCAUUUGAUAUUCUCGACGAUUACUGCCUCCUUUGCAAUUCAUUGGCUCACAUCGAUGACAUAUCAUGAAUAUGGAGUAUUUACACGCAACUGUUCCAUUUCCUACGACCGUAGAAUCUCGUUGUGUCUCAAUGAAACUACUUUGUUCAUUCAUUGCUUUGGUGGUGUUCUGGGAGUUGUCUAUUCAAUCUUGUAUUUUAAAGACAAACAUCACCAUAUAAUAUUUCCGGUUGUUCAGCAAGAAAGGAUUUUCAGAGUAAAAGCAUGUAUGGUUCCUUGUUUGUGGCAAGCUAUUCGCAUUUCUUUCAAGAGCAUUCAGAUUGGCUUUGUUUUGUUUUUUUGUUUCGGGUCUUGUGCAAACGAAAUUGUUCAACUGCUUACUGGACUUGACCAUGAUAGUCAAAUUAAUCGUUUGGAUUCUUUCUAUCGCCUAUUUGACCUUCGUUUCCUCUGGUUCUGUUUCUUAUCUGGAAUUGUAAUUCCUUACAUCUGGUUGUUGACAAAUAAAUUGUUUGGAAUAAUUCAUACAGAGGUUCUUAGAUUUCCACUUCAGUCAACAUUUACUGACGUUUCUGAUCAAACUCUUCCUGUUGCGUUGAAAUGCCAGACUGUUCCGUUACUCAAGUACCAUGCCUUUAACGAUCUCUGUCAAUUGUCGCAGUUUUCACAGAAACGAAGAAAACAAAUAUUUGCUUUGAGUGUCCCAGGUGGUCGACCCUUGAAUUGGUUAUGGAUUUCAGAUGACUGUCUGACUUGCCUCAACAAUCUCAAAGAACGGCUUGUUUCAUAUGACAAUCAUAAUCACGUUGCGUACAGACAAUCUGGAACAAACGAGUCUCUAGGAGAGAAUAAAAACCAAUAUUUCAGAGCAAGAAAUCAAAGUUCAGUGAAGAAAACUCCCAAUUCAGUGAAGUCUCAAACAACACUUGGAUUAACAAAUUCAGGAAACAAGUCGCUACGGCAUACAUUAGCUGGCCAUCAGUUAUCAUCUUCACUUCCAUCUGAGAAUACCCGCUUCGAGAUCAAAAGCAAGGUUUUGCUGUCUAAUGAAUUGAAGCAAAUUCCAGUGAUAGAAUAUUUUUUAGAGAAGGUGGACGAAUUAGAAAUGGAACGUUUAUUUACUGACGUACAGUUGCAGAUUUGGGCCGCAGAAGCUUUAUCGCGACUUGUCGUUGCAUCGUUUACGGAUGAUGUUUUUGGUGUCGCUCAAAAGUCAUUGCCAUUUAUACUGACAUCGUUACUGGAACUAUUUCAGGCAGUAGAGCUUUACCUAAAAAGACCUCCUGAUGUGGAAGCAUACAGAAAACGACAUCCUGCGAAGAUAAGGAGAACGGUAUUCGUUUUGAGAGAUUCUUUACGAAGUUCUAUAUACAGAAUAACUGAGACUUUCAAACAACACAUCAGUAACAUCAAACUGUCAACAAGUAACAAGGAAUUUUUGGUAUCUUUCCUGGAGUUCCAGAACUGAAGAGUUCUGCUUAAGCUAAGGCGCCAAAUUAAAAGACGAAUUCAAAGAAGAUUUUCUCUACAUGAUUUGGCCAUGAGAAUUGAGAAUUGGGUGUUUCUUUCCAGAAUGAUGAACUUCGCCACCACGGGAAAGAUUAUGUACCAUAUGAUAUGUAUUACAUGAAGUACUCUACUUACAAUGCAUGAUUAUUUCUUGUAAAUUUUAAUAGCUUUUCUGUUUAAAUCACAAAUGCUUUUAUAAUUAAACCAUGUAGAUGGUUUCACAAAUCUUUAGAUAAAUAGAUAUAUGUACGUCAAGCCAGAGUCAAGUACGGUUCAGUCGGGAAAGAUGGUCACGCUCCAGUUGAUGCUCCAUUAUUAUGUCAGCCAAAAUGGUCGAUGGCGGAACAUUCAAUUAUGAUUUGUGAUCAGAUAUAUUAAACAACGAUUGUUUCGGUAUGUAAAGAAGUUAAUAUCAAUGGCACUUUAAAAUAUGGAAAGCAGGAUCGCGUUUAUGAGCAGUGCCUAAGGGACUAAGUAUCUAAUUUUUGCCGCCGAAAUUCUAAAAAGAUACAAAUGAUCAGCAGAUGUAUUUUGAUGCAACGUUCGUUGGUUUUAUUUUUCUUAUCUCUCGUCUCUGUCACUUUUCUCUGGAUUCAGAUUUCUAUGUACAAUAAUAUAAAUCGUGGGAAACAGAGUUUUCUUGUUAACAUCGCUCCAGCGUGGAUUUCAAGCAAACACAAGGAUUUGAAAAAAACUGGACAGAAUUUACUUGUAGUCACUGCUGGAUGACUUCCUUGAAACAUGUUCCGAGAAUCGUAUCACAAUAAUUAUCAUUGAUCCGACAGUUUUGAAGAGUG